ACUUUCUAUCUUCGCAGCAGAGCGGAAUCGGUCCAGCCGGGAAAUCAAAACAAAGUGAUGCGGACCAGGCCUGGUGAACAAACACCAACCCCUUUACACAAACAGCCUAACAGACACCAGUAGCCAUCUCCUUUACAUCACCAUACAUCACAGAGGCCCAAGAAUCCAUGAAGGUCCAAUAAAGGUCAGGGAAUCGCCGCCAUUUGACCAGCCUUGAAGAUGACCCCCGAGGACCCCUACUACAACAGGCGCGUGAAGGGCACCGUGCUGCACCGCUACAGGAAUUCUGUAGCUCUGGGGAUCCUCGCCUUGUCUGGCAUCAUUGGACUCGGGUUUCAUUAUCUGCCAAAAUCACAGGCUCUUGCAGAGAAGAUCAAAGGAGGAGUCUUUAGGAAUACCGAAGAAGUAGAAGCACGCCGUAUGUUGAUGCAAGAAUCACUGACCAGGUCCUCCAAUGCCUUGAAGAGCCAUAAAGAGCAUACAAAAGAGAUGCCUUGAAAUGACAUGAAGAACAUGAUAAUUCCAUAGUGCCGUUAAUCCUUUUAUGAAAGAUAUUGAGUAAGAACAUCUUCUAUUAUUGAGAUAUUUGUAAAUCUUAGUAAACCUUGUCAGCAAUGGUUUGUUUAUGUUAAAGAUGGGUAAUAGUAAAGGAAAUUUUCUUCAGUUCAAAAAUAGAAUGGAUAAAGUGAAGAGAAAGUGACAGAUUUUAUCUUCAUGUACAUAACACCCAUCAUAAAAUGUAUGUAUUGUUACAUAUUUGUACAUAUACCUGUAAUUUUAUAAGAUAUGUUACUCAAAUAAAGUGAAAAAUAUAAUCACAAGGCCAAAGAUGAGUGCUAGUAGAGGAGGCCGCCUGUCUCGAAAGAGAAAAAAAGAAGACGAUUGCCUGACAUUUACCAGCAUACAUGAUAUCACUGACGACUUCCAGGAAGCAGCCACGGUGUUCAGAGUUCCAAAGAAAGCAAAAACAGAAAAGCCUGCACCAGCUCCAAGGCAACGAGGCCGUCCCAAGAAAUCCAACACUGUGAGACUGAAUUCGCAAACAGCAAAUAAGACGAGUGGAAACGGCUCGAGAAAUGAGGAUUCAAGUCCAGAGAUCUUGGACGAGGUUGAUGACUUUGAGGCCAAUAAGAAACCCAAAGACUCAAACCUGGAAAAAGACACUGAGUCGCAGCAGCUUGAAGAAGAUGAGUUCCUGGAGUUAGAGCAGUCAGUGUGCUCUGAAUCUGAGAAGCUGUGUCCGUCGUGUAAACAUAUUGUUCCUUCUGCCCUAUUAGCUGAUCACAUAAAAGAGUGCAUGCAAAAAUUCAAACUAGUGAGAAGAAGAUCUGAGAGAAAUUCAGCAUCAACAAAAUCUAAGGCUAAAGAGGGAGAUAUUGAAGAUGAUGAUGAUUUGAAGGAAGUUCUUCCGUGCCCAGUUUUUUCAAAGUCCAUUGAAAGGAGCCUCCAAAACCCACCAGCAAAACCAGAAGUCAGAGAAAGGACAAAAAGUUCUACAACUGAGGAGGCCAAGAAUAAGCGUGAGACUAAAAAAGCCGCAAAAAAUGCUAAGAAUGAUCCUGAUCUGGCUAUGGCAUUGGCUCUCUCCCGCUCAAUGGUCGAAGAGGAAGCAGAAAAGAGAGCAUCUAGGGAGGAAAAACUCUUAGAAUUAGGACUAGAUGAUAUUGUUGAUGAAGACAGGAAAGCACAGCCUCUGUUGUUGCCUCUUCAAUCUGCUGCUGGUCACUUUGUUAUUGUAACGGCUGUAGACAUGUUGGAGUCAGCUGAGGACAGUGGAGUUACUUUCUUUAAAUUUGAUGUAAUGACAUUCAGGUUUUUUUCAGUUGUCACUACAUUUAUUCCUUAUUUAUUUUCACAGAGUUGCAGCCUUUGGGAAGCAGCCCAUAGUCAUGCUGACCAGCCGUUGAAUGAAUUUUAUGUGCCUGAUCUGGAACCUUACAUAGAACCCAAAAAGGCCGUGGUUGGAGGCUUAUUGAGAAGACUGUCGCAGAUUCCUGGUCGAUUGAAUUUGACAGCUAUGGAUGAGAACUCGGAUUCAGACAGUGAUGGAGAGGGAGGCAGAAGCUAUGCGGUGGACCGAGACAGCACGCAGUCUGUCCUCGCAGAACUCCUAGGAUCCCAAGACUGUCUAGAUAUAACACGUGCACAUAAUGCAAUUGAGGCUGAAGAUUUAUCAAAGUUUCAGGAUUUUGAAGAUGCUGGAGCAGACCCAAAUGUUACUAUGGAAGCUGCUAGUGGGUUCUGGGUGCUCAGGCUACCAGGUGAAGGUCCUGAAGAUGAUGUAAAAGGAGGCAGGGAAAGCAGUGAAGAAAAGGAUGAGGAAAAUAAGAGGGACUCUAGUGAUAGAAUAUUGGUGACUGAGAAUGCAUGUGACAGUGAUGGGAACCAUGAUGAGAAAAGUGUUGGUGAUUGUGUUAAAGACAACCAAGCAGAUGAGAGUAAUUCUCUAGCAUCAGAAACCAAAACUGAGGAUAUGGAGGUGGAUAAUGUGCAGAAAAACAAGGCAGUGUCUUUUAGUACUAUUGAUUUAGUUAGUGAUAGUGUUUCUUUGGAAUCUUGUGUAAUUGAUGAAGUGGUGAUGAAUCCUUUGAAAAAAAGUGAUAAUGACAAGCCCUUAAAGACAUUUCAUGAUGGUGCUGUAGAGGAUGAUACCUCUCAUGACAAUUCAGAAAAUACACUGCUUGAGGAUGUCAGAUCUGAAAAAGAGGUUGGUAAACAGAUACUGACAAACUGUGAUGAUAUGGAAUACCGUGAAAGUGAAAUUACUAUUAUUUUAGAUACUAGUUCUGGAAGGGCUGAGUGCAAUAAUGACAAAUUACAUGAAUCUCAUCAUGAGAUUGAAGUGAGCAAUGUUAGUCCUGAACCUAAAGACUCGUCAAGUAAGCUACAAGAAGUGAAUGAUUUGGUGCCAGAUGAAGAUUUCUUUGAAAAAGAUUCCGAGUCUAGCAUGAAUUCCACUGAAACACAGAUAUUUCUUGAAAACCAAGACUGUAGCUUUAAUACAAGUCUAAGGCAGCGUCUACACACAGAGGAGACUAUCCUUUACACAGAAGAUGAAGAUAGCAAAGAGAAAAAACAGGAAUCAGAAUUGAACAAGGAUGAAGAAGGGAGAGUAACCAAGGACAGAGAUGAUAUAGGAGCCUCAACAAAAAACAGAAUUUUCUCAGAAUUACAGGCCAGGGGAAGCAACAGUGGACAGAAAGAAUGUAAUUGCAAAGAAAAGUAUUCAGACAAAUCUCUAGAACCUAGAUCCCCAGACCCCCUGCAUGCUAAACUUAUUUAUGACUGGAGUUCAUUAUUAGCCAGUGGUGAGAGAGCUGAUUUCACUAUUACCACAUCGGAAGGCAGUGAUCUCCAAGCACACAUCUUUGUUAUCCUUGUAAGAUGUCCAAAGUUGUAUCAGGAAGUUCAGAGUGCAGGGAAUAAGGUCACUUGGAUGGAUAUUUGUUUUGAAGGAGCAUAUGUAUUUCUCUCAUAUAUUUAUACUGGAACCUGCAAAAUUAGAAAAGAUGACUCAUUAUGGAUGGAUGUUUUUGAUCUUGCUCUGAAAUAUGAGUGUGAUGAUCUUGUAACAUAUUUAGAAUCAUUGUAUAAAGCCAAUCCAUCUCCAGUCAAAGUAGCAACACCAGCAAAUUCAAAAGAAAGCAUGGUUAACACAGAUGAGGGCAUAAUGCUGACACCAAAGAUGGCUAAUUCUCAAACAGAAGGAAUUAUUGAAAAAAGAGUCAGAAGGUGUAUAGACCUCUCACCAAUGAAAAACAUAACAGUUUCCAGUAAUAAAAAAAAUGAUGAUCUAACAGCAGAGCCUGUAACGCAACCCAGUGACUCUCCAGAGUUGAUGGUAAUGGGUAGUGAUCCAGAAAAUGAUGACGGAAAAGGUAGCUCUCAGUCCCCAGAUCUCUUUAAUGAAUCUUGUAUAACUGAAAAUACAGCUCGUAAAACAUUUCCCUCUGGGUCAACACCAAUGCUCAGUGGACUUCAUCAUUCUCCAUGGGAUAAAGCUUUGCAGGAUGUCCAUGAAGAGUCAAGUUUGAGACUCGGCAUGGAGUCAAAAACUUCUCCUACAAAACCUGUUUCCUCUGCCAGAUCAUCAGAUUCCUUCAAGAGUAAUAAGCCAGACACAUCAUCUUCAGCUUCUCCAGAUCUUAGGAAAAUGCAGCAGGUAACUGAUACAGGGAAUUUAGGGGAAGAAAGUCAGGUCCGAAAUUUGAAAAGCAAUGAAGAUGUUAAAGACAAAGAUGUAAAUGACUACCCUGAAGAAGGAGAGACAGAUAUAAUUGAUCUGACAGUAUGCAGUUCAGGGAGUUCUCAUUCAAUUGGUACCAAGGCUGAUAAUUUGACUGCACCAAGUGUUCAAGUUGAUGCUCUCACAGACUCAGAAACAGAGGAAAUGGAGCCAUUAAUGCUGGCUGAAGGAACAGACACAAAUUCAGAAGACAAUGGAGAAUGUCCUGAAGAGCCAUGUAUGGCUGUUGUAAAUAUCAUGCAAGCAACACCAAAUAAGAGCCUGAACACAAAUUAUGAUAAACAAGAAGAGAGCAUGAAUAGAUCUUACAUCAGUAAUAUAUGGGAUGACUUUGAUGACAUAGGAUGUGAAUUUUUGCCUAUUGAAGUUUCUCCAGCAACCCCAGUUAAAGCAGUGGUUACUCCAGCUGAUAAAGGAUAUUACCAGGAUAAAGAAUUUAAUGUGUCCUAUGAUAAGGACAGUGUUUCUCCAAUUCAGAGUAAUUCACCCACAAAAGCAGCAGAAGAGACGUCUGGUGUAACGCAGAAUAGAAAAUGGACUCCAGUGAAGCAAACUUCUUCCAAAACAGUUGAUUGUGAGGGUAAUAAAGACAGACCUAUUUCCAGUACAGAGAGCAGACUGGGAAGUAGUGCACCUGACUCUGUUGUAGCUUCAGGAUCAUCAUUUUCUGAUGAGACUUUAUUGCGAGUAGCGGCAGAGUUUGAGGACAGUAAUAUUUGGAAGGAUGACUUUGACUCAAUCGAUGACGUCUCUGAUCCUUUACUUCAAAAAGAUGCAGACAAAAAAAUACCAAAAUCUAAGAAAGAUCUAUUAAAAACACCAAAUGAUAAGAUUCCGAGUAAAAAGCCUGUAACACCAAUGCCAGACUACAAAAACAUGCCCUCUCCUGAAUUAAAGAAAGAGCUAGAAAAGUAUGGAAUUCGUCCUAUAAGUCGCCGGAAAGCAACAAUACUUCUCCAGCAUGUUUAUGAACAGACUCAUCCUCUGGUUACAGAUAGUGAGGCAGAGUCUAGUUUCUGUGAAACGCCACAGCGGCAACCACUUGAGAAAAACAAGAAAAGUGUAUCAACACUUCACCAGAAAGUCUUGGCAAAGAAGGCAGCACUUCCAAAGAACAAGAAAGAGAGACCUAAUAACAAAAGAAAGGAUGCAGGUUUGCAGCCGCAGCCAAGUUUAUCUGCAAAACAAAGAGGUGACAAAGAAGAGGAAGAAGACUGUGAUCAACUCAAUUCUUCGCAGACAUCAACCACCAGCACUGAUGGAUCAGAAUUUGACUGUGCUGAAGAAUCAAUGAUGGUGGGCAUUGGUGAUGAUGAUGUGUUGACCUCUACCCAGCAAGUUGAUAUUGGCAGUCAAGUGGCAAAGUUCAUUAAGUGUGAUCCAGAACUGUAUAUGAAAAUACUUCUGUAUGAACCCAUCUUUGUUGAAGAUUUACAAGCAUCACUAAAAGCAAAUGGAAUCAAAACAAACAUGAAUAAUCUUCUUGAAAUACUAGAUGAACAGUGCAUCACAUUCCGAACUCAGCAAGGACAAAGGAACAGAUCGAGGAAAAGGAAGUCACCGAAGAAGAAGAACGCUGGCUCCCCAACCAAGUCACCCAAAAAGAGUUCUUAGGAGACUGUCUAAUACUGUGCUCAGAAAAAGUUUCUCAAUCUUUUAGAGAGAAUUGUUCUUGUUUUCCUGGUUAAGAUUUUUUCAUUUUCAGCUUAUUCAAUUGAAUGCUGAAUUAUUAAGAAGACAAAACAGGUAGAAUAAUGUUGAUCCAGGAGUUUGGAAUAUACUCAGGACAGACAUUUUUAUUACUCUUUUCAGUUCAGUUCAAGAAUAUAUAGUGCUACUGUACAUUUAUUUUUGUAAUGACAUUAUUACCUAGAAAAAUAGAAAUAUUGUUUAUGAAAGAAAAUAAUUAUGCAUUUCAUCAGGUUAUUUACACAAUGCAUUAGUCUGUAAUAUGAGUACUUUUUACUUUGGUGUACCUACUCUGUGAUACAGUAUGUCAUACAUUAUUGCAUACAUUUUUUGGUGUAAUAAAUAUUGUCACUUAUUAAUAUAUAUAUUAUAUUUAAUUAGUUUUGAAGCAGAUAUCUUUUCUUGAGUAUUUAUUUACCCAUGAUAUUAACUCACUGGAAAGGCAUGUAUACAUUCCCUAGCCACUGUCAUUUUAGUUUCAUGAGUGCCAAGUCACCAAGUAAAAAAUUAAUAGGCUCUCAUGAUCUCACCUAUUUGUUAUUCCUUGAAUAAUAUUGUCAGUAAUAUUAAUAGCAUUGAUAACAUUGAUAAUAGUACUAGAAAUAAAAUCAAGGUCUUAGAAUUACAGGUAGUUAUUGACUCCUUGGUGACUCGGCAUAUGUGAAACCAUCUGUAUGUCAACAAAACUUGCAAACCAAAUUUACAAUGAGCAGUGCAUGUCCUUGGCACUAAUGGGUAAAAGGUAGGCAGCUAGUAAAGAGCAAGUAUCAAUAAAUUUCUAUAUUUUAUAA